AUGUCGAAAGAUGAUGGUGUUAAAAUUCUGACGGACAAGGAAUAUAUACGGUUAGGAGAAAGUAAUUUGGAUGAUUGUUAUAAAGUUAUGAAUAUGGAAGGAUGGCGAACUGAGAAGAAAUGUGACAACGGAGAUAUUGUUGAAUAUUUGGAUCAUCCGUUCUUUGGAAAAGUUUUCAGAUUCACGAAAAUAGAUAAUCAAACAGACAUCAGUUACCAAGUGGCUGCUGGAGGAGGCGGGGGUCUGGUUUCGCCUCGGGAUUUCGUAAACCUAAGACAUUACGGUAUGCGAGGCGCCAGCAUGGUUUGUGCAGGACAAUCCGUGGAACAUCCCCUUGGACCAGAGACUAGUAAAUAUAUCAGAGGUUACACCCGCCUCGGCUGCUGGUCCCUGACGCCCCUGAACGGCGGCGCGACCACGGAAUUCCGUUGGCUGAUGAGCAUGGACAUGCGCGGCCUGCUGCCCAGAAUUAUAGUGGACGCGGCUCACACCACUGUCAUGAUAGACUAUGCAAGACAUUUGAGGAAACAUUGUGCCGAUCUGGCAGCCAAAUAA